GUAAAAGCGGCUACACAUUAUCUUCAUACCAAUCUCAACUAAAAGCAAUGGCGGUUAUAAUCAAUGGAGAGGUAGUUUCAGACGACGACCCGCGUGCAGUGCGUUACAGAUCACGCGGAUCUGUACACCGCAAUAAUAACCCUGCCCCUGCUCCACCAAUGAACAGAACAGCUUCCCUUGGAUCAGAAGUUCAGGGUGAUGCUCGACCACAGAACAAUCUAGGACUACCAGAACCCUUGUUCCAGUUUAAUCAACGCUUGGAACUUGCUGGAGUACCAAAGAUAAGGUUGUCUCCCCAGAUGGUUAUAGAACCUGUAAUGUUAGUCCUCUGUUUGGUUGCUGGUCUAAUAUUUGGGUUACAGGGCGCUCUAUUUGUGGCUCUUAUGUUCGCUUUCAUGAUGUACAACAACAGAUGAUGGAAACAAGAGACCAACAAUCUCCUGAAUACUACAGAUUACUACUAUUAUUGAUAACUACUAUUGUUGUUUGCUGAUUAGUUGUAGCCCUGUUUUAUUUUUAGAAGGGGUUUCUACUUACUUAACUUUAAAUGUAAAUGAAAGCCGGAAGGGUAUAGCUUGAGCAAAUUUAUGAAUUUGUUCCAGAUAAAUAAUGUAUGACGUACAUUGUACAUAGUUAAUCAAAUUCUAGAUAAUAUAAAUAACCCGAAUAAGCCAAAGUUUGACUGUCUUGACUCUUGUGACGACUUACGUUAGUUAUUAAAACUGUGACCAAUGAGCUUGGCGUCAUCACUGAUACUUAAUCAAAUUAUACGUAAUCAGAUAGUAAACGAAUACGUAAAUUCAAAUAACUUAAGUAUCACUCUAGCAGCACACACAGUGCAGGCCAAGCCUUUGCAAUUUUAUUUCAACUGUUACUAUACAGUGCUAGUGACAUUUUGCUUUCACUUGCCAAUUUUAUUGGAUGUACUAGAAUUGGUAAGAUAUUAGAUAAUAAAUAAUUUUCAGUUAAGG